GCUCGUAGAAAAAGGAAACAGAACCGAUCAUAUGUGGCAAAUCGACGUACUCCACAAGACGGAUUUGAUAUUGUUGAGAUUACGAAGUCUUCGACUAAUACGCGUGCUGUCCUCUAAAUAGAAACUCUUAUUAUUCGAGUGAAAUUAGGUUAUCCGAAUUUUUUUUAAAAUGGCUGGAGAAUCGCUUGCAGCUAUCUUCACUUCUGAAAAAUAUGGAAAUGAUGAAAGUGGUGAUGGGUCUGAGGCAAGCCCAUUUAAAACUAUAUUACAAGCUAUGAAAAAAGCCGGCAAAGAGCCUUUUCCGGUUAUAUAUGUUGAUGGCAAGAAGGAAGGAAUUAAAUUUGAAGAAGCUGCCAAAUCUCAAUUGAAAAAAAUUCAGAAAAUAUGGGUUAGAGAGAACUAUAAACAGCAGGAUAAAUUGAAAAAGGAAGAAGAGGAUGCAGUUAGAAGAGAAAAAAAUUUUGAAGAAGCUAGGAAAAUAACAAUUGAAGAGGAUAAAACACUUCCCGAAGCUAAAAGAAUAAAAAUUGCUCAAGGAAAAAAUAAUAGAGGUCAGCGUAUCAAAAUUUUUGGUUGGGCUCAUCGCAUAAGAAGACAAGGAAAAGGCAUGAUGUUUAUAACUAUCAGAGAUGGAACUGGAUUUCUUCAGAGUAUUUUGACUGAUAAACUGACUCAAACAUAUGAUGCAUUAAUUCUAACAACAGAAUCAUCCAUAGUUCUCUAUGGUGUUCUUAAAGAACUUCCAGAGGGCAAAAGUGCUCCAGGUGGUCAUGAAUUAGUUGUAGAUUAUUGGGAACUUAUUGGUUUAGCUCCAGCAGGUGGGGCUGAUGCCAUUUUAAACGAACAUGCAUUACCUGAUGUUCAAGCUGACAAUCGUCACAUCAUGAUACGAGGAGAGAAUACAGCUAAAGUGUUGAGAAUACGUUCUGUAUUACUUCAAAGUUUUAGAGAACAUUACUUGGAUAGAGGAUAUGCUGAAAUUACUCCCCCUCAUAUUGUCCAAACUCAAGUAGAAGGAGGUUCUACUCUCUUCAAGUUAGAUUAUUUUGGAGAAGAAGCCUACCUUACACAGAGUUCGCAACUUUAUCUUGAAACAUGUUUACCUUCUAUGGGAGAUGUGUUUUGUAUUGCUGAGAGCUUUAGAGCUGAACAAAGCAGAACAAGAAGACAUCUUGCUGAAUAUACUCAUGUUGAAGCCGAGUGUCCAUUUAUUACCUUUGAUGAUCUCCUAGAUCGACUGGAAGAUCUGAUAUGUGAUGUUGUUGACAGAGUUUUGAAAUCUCCUUAUGCUGAUAUUGUGCAUGAAUUGAACCCAAAUUUCAAAGUACCAGAACGUCCAUUUUUAAGAAUGAAUUAUUCUGAUGCCAUCGAAUAUCUCAAAAAGAAUAACAUAACAAAACCAGAUGGUACAUUUUAUGAGUUUGGAGAAGAUAUUCCAGAGAUGCCUGAACGAAAAAUGACAGAUCAAAUUAACAAGCCUAUAAUGUUAUGUCGUUUUCCAGCAAAUAUCAAAUCAUUUUAUAUGAGUAAAUGUCCAGAAGAUCGAAGAUUAACUGAAAGUGUUGAUGUUCUCUUGCCAAAUGUUGGUGAAAUUGUUGGAGGAUCUAUGAGGAUUUAUAAUUUGGAAGAGCUGUUGGAAGGAUACAAACAAGAAGGAAUUGACCCUGCACCAUAUUAUUGGUACACUGAUCAAAGGACUUAUGGAACAUGUCCUCAUGGUGGUUAUGGGCUAGGAUUAGAACGUUUUGUCUGCUGGCUGUUGAAUAGGUACCACAUAAGGGAAGUCUGCUUGUACCCACGAUAUUUAAAUCACUGUAAACCUUAAAAUCCUUUUAAACCAAUACAGUUCUAUGCAUUUAAUCAUUAAAAAAUAAACUGCAUUUGAAAAAGA